AUGUGUACUUGUCUCUUCUCAGUAUGGCACCUUAACGCUCAGAAUGGAACUCUAUACUCCUGGGUUGCCAAUGCCUUACCGCGUCCUCCUGCCAAACGUGCCCCUCCUUAUGGCAUUAUCAAUGCCAUCGGAAACUCAGCUAGUAUAUGGACCCCUUUUACCUACUAUGAUGCGCAGAAGCCUUACUAUCGACUAGCGCUUAGUAUUUGUAUUGCUUUGCAGUUGCUGGGUGGCAUUGCUAGUAUCUUCUUGUAUUCUACCCUGCGCAUGCUUAACAAGCGCCAGAUGCAGGUCGAGAAUGAGGACGUGCCGCUGGAUGAGAAAGACUUGCGGAAGUUGCAGGUUACUGCUGACAAUGAAGGGGUUGAUAUCGCGGCUGCUCGUCGGUUGCAGAAGGGAUUCCGAUAUAUGCUGUAG